GUUUCUAAUUGCUAAAAUCCAAUAAAUCCUGUCGAAAUCCCUCAGUGCUAAUAGGAACAAAGUGUAGUCUUCGUCGUGAUGGUAGCUGACCAAAAAAGGAUAAAAAUCGCCCUCAAUACCGACUUCUUCGUUGGAAAAGAAGCGUUCGGCUGCUUCGAUUGUGUGCACCCGAUCCAAGUCCACUCGGCCUUUUUCUUUACGUUUCUGAAACAGCAUUAUAAAUAAAUAAUAUAAACACACCCUUUUAGUUUAUUGAGUAAAAUAUAAUACAUAAAAUCUAUCAAUAGGAACUAAUAAAAAUUUUGUACUAACAAACCUUACUUAAGAAUUUCCCAAAAUACUUUUUGUUUAAGUUAAAAUCCAGAAAAACAACCCCCUGGAAGAAGUUUUCUCUGAAAAAUGGAGAAUCGACUGAAGGAAAACGUGUCCCCACCCAAAUCAUGCGCAUCCUGAAUAUAGGGGAUGAAAGGCACACGCCCCAAAGAGAGUGAAAAUUAUAGGGACUGCUCACGCAAUUCCCCCAACUUUACAUACAUUUUUAGAUCCCUUUAAUUUUAGCUUUCGAUAACUUGAACCCUUAUACUUAUCCCCUUAUAUUCAAAGCACAUUUUCUAGAUCAAUAAGGGCUGACACUACUUCAAAUUUGAUUUCGCGGGAGUAUGGAAGGUAAUUGUUAUAUUAUAUAAGUGAUUAGGAUUCUUAUUACAAUGAAAACAGCCUGUUCUUUUCUAUCACGUUCCCGUUGCGUGGUACUACUUAAUUAAGCCACAUCUUUUCGACGACAAAAACGUGCCACAAGCCAAGAGUUCUCCUGCUCCUGCGACGUACUUAGUUCGUCGGUGGAGGAAAAGGGAACGUUGCCGUGACUGUUGCGGUUUCUAUUGAACUUGAAUUGAGACAAAGCAGGGUACGUUCACCCAUCAUUAUUAUUGAAGAUGUCAUUUCCAAAUAUGAUGGCCAAUUUCCUGAAACAAGGAUUUCAACAUUUGAGCAAGGGCAACAUGAAGAAUCCUCCUAAAAUUCUCUUGGGUUUCAUGAUCAUACCAGUCCGCAACAUUUCUUAUUUGGAAGUGAGCAAAAACAUGUCUCUGUUGUCCACCGAAAAAAAAACUACCACCAUAAAAGACUUGAGAUUGGAAGAACCCCAGGAAAAACCUUUGGUUGUGAUGCUGGCUUGGCUGAUGGCCAGGAAAAAACACACGGAAAAAUAUGCCGAUAUUUGGUUGCAGAAAGGCUUCGACGUCUUGUGCGUCAACGUUAAUCCUUGGCAAUUCUUGUGGCCUGUGAAAGGAACUCAAAUGGUAGCAGCGCAAAUUCUCAAAUUCCUAGACGAGAAUAAAUCCUAUUCUCCAACGAUCCUCUACGGUUUCUCCGUAGGCGGUUAUCUAUGGGGAGAGGUCAUGGUACAAAUGGCCCACGACAUGGACAGGUACCAGCAUAUUUUGGAUAGGAUGGUUGGGCAAGUGUGGGACAGUGCAGCUGAUGUAACUGAAAUCCACAAGGGAGUACCACCUGCGGUUUUUCCAAGGAAUAAAGUAAUGGCCGCUGCUCUUCAAAAAUACAUACUCUACCACAUGAAAACUUUCGAUAAAGUGGCGACCACUCAUUACGUGAGAUCCAGUCAAAUGUUCCACACAAACAUGGCGAGAGCUCCAGCAUUGUUUUUACUGAGUAAAACUGAUCCGAUUGGUACCGAAAGCUCUAAUCAGAGGGUCAGAGAAAAUUGGGAAAGUAUGGGCAUGAAGGUUGAAUGGAAAGUCUUUGAAAAAUCCCCACAUGUAGGCCAUUACAGGAAAUAUCCAAAAGAGUACGUUGCUGAGAUUCACGGGUUCUUGAAGAGCAUCAAUUUGAAUAAGCAAAUGGAAAAAGAAGCUGAUAAGAUGGAAGUUAAACAAUAAAUUGUAAUUUAUGGUGGCACGUUGUGUCUUUUCUUUGCUGGCUAGACUGUGAUAAUAUAAGUAUCACAAUGACUAGUGAAAGAAUUGUAAUGCCGUGGUCUAGUGAUAUUUCUACCUAACAUAUCACUAGACCACAGCAUUAUAGCCCGGAAAAAACUCUUUUACUUCAUUCUUUAUCACAGUGACUGUUCCGAUUUAUGUAUUUUAUAAAGUUAGAUUAGUCACGUUAUAAAAUUAACAGUGAUACUUUAAUUUAAUUUUGUCAAUUUUUAAGUAUGGGAUGAAUUAGAAUCGUUGACUACAACUAGGAUGGCUCAAUUUUAUGUUUGGUAUCUAAAUCAUAAAUUUACUUAUGUAUCAAAUUUUAUACUGUAUUAUCUAA